ACACAAUAGACUACAAAAAGUUUGAGGCAUUUUCGAAGUUUUGAAUAUAUUAAACUCAGCCAAGGUUGCAAAAACAAGUGGAAUAUCAAAAAUAAACAAAUAAAUAGAAUAAACACCGGGGGGAAAUCAGAACAUCAAUAUAAAUACAUACAUAGGUGGACAAACACACCCAACCAAUCAUGUCAGCUAGAAGUCAUCCACAAAUGGCACCACCGCCACCACCUCCCAAACCAAACAAAUCCGUCACCGCCAAUGGUACCACACCAUACGAAACGUAUGCAGCAAAUGGCAACGGCACAUUCGCGAAUGCCAACGGAAAUGGUAAUGGCAGCGCUAGUGGCAGUCGCAGUGGCAGCAUAUCCUCGUUGACAGACAACAACCAGGGUAGCCUGCUGCGCCACAAUCAGAACGUGAAUGGCCGUAGGUCGUGUCACACGCCACCGCGCACUGAUCAAGAGCAAGUCGUAAUGACGCCCAAAGGUAAAACAGCCAAUAGUACUGUUAUACUGAUCGAACGCAAAUUGGUCGAUGAGAUAAAUGAGCGGGUCCAUGUUGCUGGUGGAGAUCAUACAGGCAUCAUAAUCAAUAAGGAUACCGUUAGCGGACAGAAAAGUCAAAGUAUACCAGCACAGCUGUCGUUGGAGUUUCGUGUUUUCCUCGUGAGUGCAAAUACAGGCAAACAUUCACAAGAAUCACGAACGCUGCGUUUCUGGUUUCGGCAAUGGUUGCGCAACGACGAGAAGCAGGCACAAAUUGCACAGGACUUCUUCAAGGAGUUGGUCAGUCCGAAAGAUUUUCCAAGAGAUUAUGUUGGUUUCAUUAAAAAAAUUAUGAAACUUAUGCAGCGCGGCUACGAUGAGAUACAGUCAUUGGAAAUCGAAUUGCGCAUAUUGGAGGAAACGGCAGAGCCACCAUCACGACCGCCUCGCGAUGGUUACAUUAUUUAUUGUUAUGGUGAUUGUAAUCGAAAAUUCGAGGAGGCUCUGCAGGCGCAGCGUAAAACAGUUUCACUGGAGGAAUCACAAAUUGAAUCUCCGCCAUUGACGCCGGAAAAGGUGCUCGAAUUAAUUGAACAAGCCUAUCCGAAUCCGGUCACACCAGAAGAUUUAGCUAAAGACUAUGGCUGGGAGGAGCAAGAUGUGCUUUUGGUAUUCGUGUCGCUGAAAGACCGCGGUCUUAUCAAAUCGAUGGAAUAUAAUUCUUUCACUAGAAUUCACCAUGAAGACAAAGAGAUUAAGGUCGUGAAACAAAUGCCCACAAUCGCUUCGAAUAAGCAACCCACAAUUGCUAUUAUAACGGCACAGUACUGUGAAAAACUUGCGGUGGACGCCAUGUUGGAGAACAAGGAAACAUUUGUACGCUAUACUACAGUCGAUACCGAUCCCAAUUUAACAAACACACUCAGAAAAUCUAAAAAGAAAAGAAGAUUCGGCGAAUCGAAUGUCUACACCUUGGGUAACAUUGGUGCACAUCGCAUCGUCAGCACGAAAUUACCUUCGGCUGGCAGUACUCGCGAAGCUAUGACCGCUACAGGCAAUACGACGACACGUCUACUGGGUACAUUCCAAAAGGUCGACUAUGUCUUCGUGGUGGGCGUGGCCGGUGGUGUGCCACAUUAUACAGAUUACAAGAAGCAUGUGCGGCUGGGAGAUGUGGUCGUUUCAUAUGUGGAGAAACAACGUGCGCUAUUGAGCAAAAAUGAGAAACCCUACGUUUAUGUCUACAAGAGUGGCGAUGAUGUGAAGACAUAUUUCCCCAUCAAUGACUCCCUACAACAGAUCGCUGAAGGCUUGCAAGCCAACAUGGAGCUGAAGCGUCCUUGGGAUACCUAUUUGCGUGAGGGCCUGUCAUCGUUGAUGCAAAAAACUGAGAGUGAUUUUAAUCGUCCUUCCGUCAACACCGAUAAACUCUUCAUGAAUAUCGGCAACAACGAAGUCAUCGAGGUGGCACACCCGAUCGCCACGGACACGGUGGAUGGUGUGCCACGUUCCCGCCUGCAUCUUGGACCCAUUGGUUCCGGACGCGAUCUGGUGCGUAGCGAUAAUUCACGCAUGGAUUUCGUUAAGAAAUAUGGACUACUCGCCACAGAUGUGGAAAUGAGUUCAGUGCUGGACAGCAUUAUUGGCAAUUGUAGAGAGAGUUUCAUACUAGUGAAAGGUAUUUCCGAUUACAAGGACGGCAUGUCGACGCGAAAAUGGCAGAAUUUUGCAUCUCUGGCGGCAGCUGCAGUGGUCAAAUCGAUUAUUUGUGGCAUGGAUGCGCCAACAAAUGUUUAAUUAACAAGCAUUUAAAGUUAUUUUAUUAUUAAAUAUAUAAUAUUAUCUAUUAUAGCGCGAAGUAAAUUAUUUAAAAAAAUCUGCAAGUAAAUAACAGGUUAUAAUGUGUAAAAUAUUGAGAAGAGGAAAGAAAAGUGUAUGCAUUUAGAUUUCUUUAUACUGACAAUGAUACAUAUAUACACAUACGAAUCACC